UAUAAGCCGAACCUGUCAAAGCUCUCUCGUCGUGCUAAGCGUAAUGGCUAAUUUUGUAUUUAUUACACUGUGCGCUUUUAUAAACUGUUUGAUAGUUUUACCAGCCGUACAUAGCAACAGCUUUGAGACGAAAGCCACGCAGUUCUUCAGCAGCGGUCACACGAACAACUGGGCUGUGCUGGUUUGCACCUCGAGAUUCUGGUUCAACUAUCGUCAUGUCGCCAACGUGCUGUCUGUGUACAGGAGCGUGAAGAGACUGGGCAUCCCGGACAGUCACAUCGUUCUGAUGUUAGCCGACGACAUGGCCUGCAACCACAGGAACCCCAAACCUGCCACCGUGUUCAGCCACAAGAACAUGGAGCUGAACGUGUACGGGGAUGACGUCGAGGUCGAUUACCGUGGAUACGAGGUGACGGUGGAGAAUUUCCUGCGCGUUCUGACCGGACGACUUCCAGCGAGCACGCCUCGCUCCAAGCGCUUACUGAGCGACGACCGUAGCAACAUCCUCAUCUACCUCACAGGUCACGGCGGGAACGGCUUCCUAAAGUUCCAGGACUCGGAGGAGAUCAGCAACGUGGAGCUGGCGGACGCGUUCGAGCAGAUGUGGCAGAAGCGACGGUAUAACGAGCUGCUGUUUAUAAUUGACACCUGCCAGGGGGCGUCCAUGUACGAGAGGUUCUACUCGCCCAAUAUCAUGGCUCUGGCCAGCAGCCAAGUUGGAGAGGACUCGCUUUCACACCAGCCUGACCUCGCCAUCGGAGUCCAUCUGAUGGACAGAUACACCUUCUACCUGCUGGAGUUUCUAGAAGACAUCCAUCCUGCCAGUCAGGCCAAUAUGAAUGAUCUGUUUAAGGUGUGUCCCCAAAGCCAGUGCGUGUCCACGCCGGGCCACCGUACCGACCUGUUCCUGCGAGACCCCGGCAGCGUCCUCAUUACAGAUUUCUUCGGCAGCGUGCGCAAGGUGGAGCUGACGCGGGAGGUGCUGAAACUGACCGCACUGAUCGAGGAGGCACCCGUAGACACGACUUUUGGUGAACAGAACGAGACGAGCGAGGCGCUGUCUUAUGGAGACCAAUUACCGGUGGCUGAAAUCAUACAUCAGAAACCCAAGCAGAAAGACUGGCACCCUCCGGACGGCUUCAUCCUCGGCCUGUGGACGCUCAUCCUGCUGGUCUUCUUCAAAACCUACGGCAUCAAACACCUCAAACACAUCUUCUGAUCGCCGCUCUGGUUUCUCCGUCACAAAUACUUAUUUUCAUCCGGAGCGUUUUCGACAGCGCCCAUGGUUAAAUUUUUUUUCUUAUUGUUAGAAGCAGGACACACUGUUCAAAAGGGACACGCUUUGACGUUGAAGAUCCUUUGUUGCACUACGUGAUGGGAUGUAUUCUCGUUAAAUUUUAGCACAAGGGCCUUUUUUUUUUCUCCCUCUUCUUAAAAGGGGUGUUCUUUCAGCACUUUUUUUUUCUCCAUACUUCUAUUAAUCCUUGGAUACAGUCGAGCAAGGACAAACUCACUCUGAAACUCAGUAUGAUGGUUGAAACGUGCUACAACGUCGUACUGAAACUCUCUGAACUCAGCUCUUUAUCUGUCAUCCGUGUCAACAACGAAUUAAAUCUACUGUACUUCUCUUGACGUCAUGUCCGGCAUGUGAAAUUCGCUCCUGUACCUGUGGAGUGAAAGCUACUAGUUUAGCACUGAACAAACUAUUCACUUCUAAAUAAUUUACUAUAGUUUAGUAUUUCAGCCUGCCGCGUUUGUUCGUGUGGUUUCUGGUAUCCAGUAAAUAUUAACUACUCACUUUGCGGUUAUUUAAUGUGACAUAAUGACAUAAUCUACAUAAUCUAUUUAACUUUAUCUAUAUCGUUAUAUAUAUACUAUAUAUAAUACUCCUAAAAAGCUACAUCAGUUUGACAGUUAACUUAAAAAAUUACCCAUGAUUCCUAGCCCCUAUUUGAUAAUUUCCUGUAGUGAUAAAUGUAGUUAUUGUUUUGUUGAAUUUAUACAUAAAAACUAUACAUGUAAUAAGUUUAAUUAGUAAUAACUGUUUAUUUACCUGUUCUUCUAUGCCAACAAGAAAAUAAAAAAGGAGUUGUUUUGCUAAAUUUGUUUUAGCAUAGCAUAGAAAAUGUAUUUUCGCUAAGGGAUGUCAACCUUUUUUAGUAUUACAAUUUUAAGUAUUAUGUAGCUAUGGGAAAGCAGACAGGCUAGGAGUCAUGGGUGAUUUUUGAACGUAGUUCAUGUUUUUAGUCCACUAUCAAAAACUUUUCUUUAUUUAUCAGCCUUAUAACUGCAAAAAAGCAGAAAAUAGAAAAACGGCAAACAUCUCCUCAGGUGAUUAGCUACAGUAAGUUUAAAAUGAGAGGGAAAUUUUUGACAGCUAACUUUCUGACAGCCUGAUUCCCAGGCCCUGUUUAAUAAUUUACUGUGAUAAAUUUAGUUUUUGUUGUUGUUGAUUUUUUUUCUUCAUCAUAUAGUUUAGCUUUAAUGAAAUCUAGUGUUGCUCUUCAGACACUUUUGGCUUCAAUUUCUAUAUUAAAGCUGUACAUGUUUCUUUACAUGUUCUUGUUUUUCAGGGACAGGAGCUAGGAAUCAUGGGGACAUUUUUGAACGCGUUUCAUUUUUUUAAUCCACUAUCAAGAAUCCAUAUUACCACGGCGCUCAACUCUGAUUGGUUGGAAGUUGAUUGAUUGGUUAUUUUCUAGCGCUUCUAUAAUAACAGCUGACAGCGUGGUGGCAUUGAAUCCGUGGCUGAUUUAACCAUAAUGUUUUUUGUUUUUUUUUUCCCCUGUUUGUACAACAUUUAAGGAAGGAUUCUUCAGUGUCAGUACUUUGUAACAGUUCUUUUGGAUUGCAUUAUUUUGAGUAUAUUAAUGUAUUUUGGGGAGAAGGGGGGGGGGUCUCAUGAGCUUUUUUUUUUU